AUGCAGCUGGAAAAGAGUUCUACGACAAAACUGGCACCCCAGAAGAAAUACAUUUGUGGGUUUUGUGCCAAAGCGUUCACUCGGUCAGAACAUAAACAACGUCAUGAACGAUCGCAUACGAAUGAAAAACCAUUCCAUUGUUUACAAUGUACCAGUUCAUUUGUGAGGCGAGACUUGUUGCAACGUCAUUGUCGUACAGUGCAUCAGAUUCAAGAUGUAGCAAGACGAAAGUCUCUGGAUGCAGUUGGAAGCUCAUUACCACUAAUGAGUGCACCAUCACAACAGACUAACCUACAGCCAUCGCAAAGUCGUGACCUGCUGAAUGACUCUGAUAAUGUGCCACUCUUAUCACAACAACAGCAGCACCAACAAAAUAACCAGCAACAACAGCAGCAGAACCAACUGCAGCAACACCUCCUACCACAACAACAACAUCACCAACAACAUGCUUUUCAGGUAACUCCACAACUAGACACUUCAUCCUCCUCAUCAUCCACAUCAUUACAACCUAAUUCAAUUCCAUUCCCGUUUGAUGCACAGGACCACCUACCUUUAACAACAAUGACGCCGUCAAACAGUGUCAAUAGUGAACAUGCUCCACUGAAGAGACGCAAGAAAUCAGAAUCUAGUGGUGGCGUACUUGGUAUGCGAAGAAACUCAACCAUGCCAAUGUCCACUGGUUCAAACGAUACAAAUCUUAUCAACUUAUUAUCCAUUUCGAAAAAGCUAGACUACAUCUUGAAAGCUUCAAACUUGGGGUUGAAUGAAUCGGUUAGUGACUCGUUUCUUAUUGGUUUCAAUACUUUGCAAGAACUACUGACAAAAUUUCCCAUUUUCGACUCUAUUGUGAAAAGUUUAAUGUAUUAUUUGAGCACGUUCUAUAUACCUAGCACAAAUGGUGGCCCAACAGCGGCAAUGGUACCACCGCCGAUGACACCUAGCUUAUCCCACCCCAAUCAUUUCAAAACAGGCCUCAUAUACUCAAUUAUAUCACUCGGUUGCAUCGUCAACAAGAACUCAAUCAAGUCGCUAAUCUUUUUCAAAAAGGCAUGGAUUUUGUUGAUCAAAAAGUUGAUUCCACAAUACAACAAUAGUAAUGUGCCACUAGAUCAAAUUGAAAUUGCAAGUAACUUGUUUUUGUUGUCGUACAUCUAUGUUUCGUAUGAUUUGGAAAAUUACGAUAUAAAUAAUGAACAAGUGGGUAAGGCCAACGGUGAGAAUGACAAUGAUGAACAAAUUUACCUCAACAAUAUUGUCAUUUUGGAAUACCUUGAUCAAAUCAGCUUUAUUAUUAUUUCAAACUUGACUGAUUUUUCCAACCCCAAUGACAAACUCAUCGACAGUAAUAUGAAUUUAUUUUGGUCAAUCUAUAUUGUGUUGUCAUUCUACUUCCAUGAUCGAAACCCAAAGGUAUAUGCAAGCUUUCUACACAAGUUGGUUGGUCAAGAGGAUUUGCUAUCGGUGAUGCAAAAAUUCUCCAAAUCAUAUUCUGUCAUUGAUGAACAUGACGAUUUCAUCAAGAUGAUUGUUGUGGCAACUAUUGGCAAUGAGUUGAAAAAUUAUCACGCUUCAAUAUCGUCGUCAUCUUCAUCUGAAUCACCCCAUUCAGAAAUACCAAAUGGAUCUCCAUCCAUCAAGAUUUACGAAUCGAAAAAUGUACUUCAUAACUCGGUCAUUUUGAUUAAUCGAUCAAUAAACGUUUUCCAGCCAUUGCUGGAAUCCAAUGCAAAGCUGAAGUUGUUUGAGUUGUUUCGCAAAAAUUUAAUCAUAAACAGUCCAUUGAAAUAUCGUGAAUUGUUGAGCAACUACAUUUUUAUCCCACAAUCGUAUGUGAAUUGGCAGUUGCUAAACUUGACAUUGGAUGAAGCAACAAUCAACUAUGAUCUUAAGGAAACUUUACACAGAUCGAUAGAUGAUCCAAGUAAGAUAGACACACUUGAGUACAAGCUCAAGCUUUUCCUCGAUUAUAAAAAGAUCCAUCUCGAUAUUAAUAACAAUAUAUCCAUUGUGUCACUACCAAUGGUUUUUUUCUCCAACUAUCUCAAUCUAAAUAUUAUCGAUUGUGGAUCCACUUUUAAUCAAUUGCAAUUGAAGAAUAUCAAAUUGUUUCUUUUGCAUUGGUACAUGGUGAUGAAUAAAUUGUUGAUUAUGAUUUGGUGUGAUGAUAUUUUACAGUUUGAAGAAAACUACAUCUUGCAAACAUUUGUGUACAUGUUGUUGGACAAUAAACUGUUGUUGUUGAAGAAAUUGAAUAUCGAAGCCCCACAUAAUAAUUCUGGUUAUUAUGAAGAAGUCAAGAUGUCUAAUGUUGAUUCAGCAGUUGAUUUUAAAUUCAACAAGAAGUGGUUUUGGAUAGUCAAGAUGAAAUUGGACAAUGUUUUUGAACAGUGGAUGCAUCAUAUCAAGAUUCCAUUUUUGGAUAAUAGUUUUGCUAUGGUUAAGAUUCAAGUUGCCAAAUUUAUAAAUGAGCAUAUUGCAUUGGAAGGAUUGGUGUUUAAAGAAGAUGCUGAAGAUGCUACUGUGGGCAGUGGUAGUGCUGGACAGCAACUGCAACAACAACAUCAACUGCAGCAACUACAACAGCAGCACCUUGUUUUCAACAAUAGUGGACCCAAUUUGUCCAUGUCAGGACAGCAUGGUCAUUCUGCAUCAACAAGUAUGUUGAGUUCAACGUCAAUGAACUACGCCAUUCCAAUGCAACAGCAAGUGUCGUCAAACUUUAUCAAUUAUGGAUCAAUGAAUGAUUUUGUUGGUGGUGGAGGAGGUGGUCCGGGAAAUAUGAAUAAGCGAUCAAACUCGAUAUCACUGGUGAUACUGCUGAAUUUUGGUAAAGAUGUGGCUCAAAUGCCAUCGCAAUCGCAACAGCUACAACAACAGCAACAACAACAGCAACAGCAACAGCAACAGCAACAACCACAUCUAAUGCCUCAGCCGCAGCAAAUGCCCACGAGCGGACAACAACAGCCACCACAACUCCAAUCGCAGCAACUGCAACAAGGACAGAACCAACAGUACUACAGCUACUCUACUCAUCCACCACCACCACCAAUCUUAUCCUCGAUGCCAAAAGAAUUAGUGUUGCCUCCCAUAUCAUCUGAACGAAGAAAAGAAAAAUCUGAAGUAACGUAUUGA